CCUCAGAAUCACUGUGACCUGGAGUGAGCAGCAAUCGACUGGAACUUGACAUUUUAUACCGGAUUGCGAUUCAAUAGAAUCUUUCGGAGAUGAAUAAAGUAGUCUGUAUAAUUUUGCUCUUGACUGUGGGGCUCUAUUUCUGCGAAGGAGUUGAUCCUUGCUGUGCACAGCCUUGUGAAAAUAGGGGGUUAUGUAAUUCAAAAGGCUUUGACAACUAUGAGUGCGACUGCACAAGGACUGGAUAUUAUGGAAAGAACUGCACAACUCCUGAAUUCCUAACAUGGAUUAAAAUAUCAUUGAAACCAGCUCCGAACACUGUUCACUACAUCCUUACUCACUACAAAGGGUUGUGGAACGUCAUCAACAAGAUCACCUUUGUGAGAAACGCUAUAAUGAGCUAUGUCCUGACAUCCCGCUCACAUUUGGUGGACAGCCCACCGACUUACAAUGCUGAUUAUGGCUACAAGAGCUGGGAGGCCUACUCCAACCUGUCUUACUACACACGGACGCUCCCCCCAUUGCCAAAGGACUGCCCUACACCUAUGGGAACCGCAGGAAGAGCAGUGCUCCCAGAUGCCAAGCUUGUGGUGGAGAAGGUUUUGUUGAGGAAGCGGUUUAUUCCGGAUCCUCAGGGUUCCAAUCUCAUGUUCGCCUUCUUCGCCCAGCACUUCACCCACCAGUUCUUCAAAUCAGACUUAAAGAAAGGACCAGCUUUCACCAAAGCCUUGGGCCAUGGUGUGGACUUAAACCAUGUUUAUGGAGACAGUCUGGAGAGACAGCACAAGCUGAGGCUGUUCAAGGAUGGCAAACUGAAGUAUCAGGUUUUGAAUGGCGAGGUCUAUCCCCCAUUGGUAAGGGAGGUUGGGGCCGAGAUGCACUACCCACCCCAAGUGCCCGAGGAGCACCGCUUCGCUGUGGGCCACGAGCAUUUUGGCUUGGUCCCCGGCCUCAUGAUGUAUGCCACCAUCUGGCUGCGUGAGCACAACCGCGUCUGUGACGUCCUGAGGCAGGAGCAUCCCGAAUGGGACGACGAACGCAUCUUCCAGACCACACGCCUCAUCCUAAUUGGCGAGACCAUUAAGAUCGUGAUCGAGGACUAUGUCCAGCACCUGAGUGGCUACCACUUCCAGCUCAAGUUCGACCCGGAGCUCCUCUUCAACCAGCGUUUCCAGUACCAGAACCGUAUCGCAGCCGAGUUCAAUACCCUGUACCACUGGCACCCGCUGAUGCCUGACACCUUCAGCAUUGAGGACCGUGCCUACACCUACCCCCAGUUUGUCUUCAACAACUCCCUGGUCACAGAGCACGGCAUCAACAACCUGGUGGAGUCCUUCACCAAGCAGAUUGCUGGAAGGGUGGCUGGUGGACGGAACCUGCCCCCUGCACUAGUGGGCGUGGCAGCUAAGGCCCUGGAGCACAGCAGAGACAUGCGUUACCAGUCCCUCAACGCCUACAGGAAACGCUUCAACAUGAGGGCCUACACCUCCUUUGAGGACCUCACAGGAGAGACAGAGCUGGCUGCAGAACUAGAGAGUCUAUAUGGGGACGUAGAUGCUGUGGAGCUGUACCCAGGCCUUCUGGUGGAGCGCCCCAGACCUAACGCUGUUUUCGGGGAGACUAUGGUCGAGAUGGGUGCACCCUACUCCCUGAAAGGUCUCCUGGGAAACCCCAUUUGCUCGCCGGAAUACUGGAUGCCCAGCACGUUCGGAGGGAGUGUGGGCUUUGACAUCGUCAACACUGCUUCAUUGGAGAGGCUGGUGUGCAGCAAUGUCAAGGGCUCUUGUCCGAUGGUGUCCUUUCAAGUGCCUGAUUUUUUGAGAGCAUUUGAGUCGGCGUCAGUCAACACAAGUGAGGCACACCUGAGGGACAUGAGCCCAGGUGUUGUGUUCAAAGAAAGGACUUUAGAGCUUUAAAUAACUAAAACACUAGGUUCUAUUCAAGUACACAAAUACACAGUUUCUCAGUGUUCUAAAGCUGCUCUCAUUUUAGCUUGUUUUGCUUUAUUUAGUUAUUUAUUAUUGAUUAAUUUAUGUAUUUAAUAUUUAUUUUGUAUUGUUGAAUAUUGAGUUGUUAUUAAGUUAUUAAGUAAUUAUUAUGUUUUUAAAUAUGGAUACCUAUUACAAAUGUCUUACAUGAACAAAAGCAAGUUUACUCUGUAUACAAUGUGGAACUUGAAGGAGUCACAUUUACUUGAAGAAAAUAACUAUUAGAAAUACUGUAUGUUGUUCAGCUACUGAAAGGAUACAGCUGGGCUGUAUUUGUCAAUCAUUUUUUGUUAUUU